UGGGCUGUAGGAGUGUGUUAAAGCGAUGGUUCAAUAGAUGAUUCAGACAGAAAUGUCAGGAGACAUUUAAUUUUGUGGGGGAGAGUGUGGCACUAUGUUAAAGAUAGAGACAUGAAAAUAGUACCCCCCCAUUUUAUUUUAUGCUCAGAGACACUUUCUUUUAGUAAGGCCACUGGAAUGUCAGUUUUACUGUUGUACAAGUUCCACCAGCAGAGGGCGCUCAGUCCUGUAUGCAUCGGUAGCUGACGCUACACUAGAAGAAGUAGUGUCAGUGGUGAAGAGGCAGUGUACGGCCUGCACGCCGAAAGAACUGAUUAAUCAGACAUUUUUCUGUUUUUACAGGUUAAAUGUCGCAUCUGUUCUGUGGAGCUUUCGAACACAAACAAAAGCACCUCCUCAAUGUUUAGGCAUUACAGAGCAAAACAUGAAAAUCAGGAGACAAACACACCAACAAUGAACACAGGUAGGCCUAUAUAGACAUUGAGCAGCUUUAUAAUUUUUUUUAAAAUUAAUAUGUGUUUUAUUACUUUGAAAUCAAGCAUCUAGGAAGAUUGCUCUGGACCAGGCAGUCCUGAAUUUUAUUAUAAAGGACUGCCAACCCCUUAGCAUUGUGGAGAGUGAGGGGUUCAGGGAGCUGGUUCAGGUCCUUGAGCCAUCAUAUGUUUUGCCAACCAGAAAGGUUUGUAUAGACAAUGUUUCAUCAGGUAGCUGAUGUUAAGUACUGCAUACUGAUUUAGUUUUGUUUCAUCUUCAGACCAUAAAGGAAUUGCUAGCCAAAAAACAUGCGGAGGAACUCGAACGAGUGAAAAUGGAAGUACAGCAAGCUGUGGCAGUGAGUAUAACAGCUGACCUGUGGACCUCUUUGAACAUGGAGGCUUACUUGGCUCUUACUUGUCACUACAUUAAUGAGAAUAUGCAGUUGUGUACAUCUGUGUUGGGUGUGAAACACUUUCCACAAAGUCAUACUGCAGACAAUUUGGCCCAAUUCAAAAAGGGCAUGAUGGAUGACUGGGCCAUCACAAAUAAGGUAAGGUGUCUUGUGACCGAUGCAGCACCAAACAUGAUUGCAGCAACAAGAACUCUCCAAAUUCGACAUUCAGUUUGCAUUGCACACAAACUCAAUUUAUUAGUCAAGAAAUCAUGUGAUCAAAUCCCUGAACUUUCAUCCAUAAGAGAAAAAUCUAGACAAAUCGUGUCAUUCUUCAGAUCCAGCACUACAGCCAAAGAAAAGCUUGCUCAAGUGCAGCAGCAGAUGGGACGGCCCGUCUUGAAACUUAUCAACGAGGUACCAACACGUUGGAACAGCACAUAUCAGAUGCUGUCACGGCUACAUGAUGAGAAAGAAGCAGUCUGGGUAUCUCUUGCUUCUCUUCCAACAGAUUUAACUCCACUUACGGUUGAUGAGUGUGACAUCGUAAGGGAAGCACUUCUUGUGCUGGCCCCUUUCCAUCAGGCCACAGUGGAGUUGUCUGAGGAGAGGAGAGUUUCAGGAUCAAAAGUAAUCCCGAUGAUGAAAAUGCUAUAUUGUGCACUUGAGCGGAACUCUUUACAUCUACACACACAAGCAGCCACCCAUCUCCAUGACCAACUUAGGCGUCGUGUCACAGACACUGCUUCUAAUCUGGAGUCAUUAAGUGUGUUGACCCUCUCAACACUUUUAGACCCCAGAUUUAAAACACUCGGAUUUCGUAGUUCCUCCAAGUGUAGUGAGGCAGUCAAUCGCCUGAAAGUGGAGUGUGCUGCAGUAAUUGCCCGCACAACAUCUGAGCCACAGCCUGGCCCUUCAUCAGAGCAGUCACCUGUUCAGGAAAACCUGUGGCAUCGGCUCGAUGAAGAAGUUGGCAGACAAACAAACAAUGCAACAGCGGACUCCAUCAUUGAGGUCCAGCGCUACUUGGCGGAGAGAAACAUUCCACGAUCAGAGGAUCCUUUAACGUACUGGGGGAAUAGAAGAACAUCUUAUCCUAACCUUUUCCACCUGGUAUUACAGUUUUUGUGUACCCCAGCUUCAUCUGUGCCCUGUGAGCGUGUAUUUUCCAAAGCUGGGGAAAUAGUGUCAAAAAAACGCAAUAGGCUGAAUGCAAAAACCUUGAAUAAACUUAUUUUUCUGAAUAAAAAUUUAUAAUAAACUCUGAGUCAAUUGCAUUUAAAUGGGUAAUAUUACAUUUACAAUCAUUCUAAUUUUCA